CACCGUCAGUGGUCGUCGGUUCGUUGUCCCGUAACGCCGCCGCUUGCUGCCGGCUGAUCACUGUGGUCCCAACACGCGCGCCGUACGCACACACGAUCGUAACAAUAAUAAUAAUAAUAUUAUAUUAUAUUACUAUUGUCGUCGUCGUCGUCGCGGUGUUAUUCUAUAAUAUUUAAUAUUAUAUUAUAUUAUUAUAAUAUAUUGUUAUUUUUUGCGACCAAAUAAUUACAUUGCUGUCAUUAUUAUUAUUAUUGUUGUUGUGGUCGUCGUUUCGAUAACAAAAUAUCGUAACAAACUGUACAAUAUUAUUGUCGCUGCCACCCGAGCGGCCGCCGUCCAUUCGCGGCACUCACUCGCUGCACGGCUUGGGAUGCGGCUUAAUUGACCGUCGCAGACCAUCAUAUUAUAUUGUACGCUAGAGACAUCAAUUAUAUUGCAUACGCGUUGCAAUCGCCGGAAAAUCGGAAACGGCUGAGAAAAAUCGUUUUGUGGAAGAAUACCGGAAGUGCGUUUAUACAAAAGUUGUUUCGGCCGAUGCAACUAGACAUGGCUCUGGGGAGUGCUGCUCCCACGAGCUUCCAACACCGCUGCGGGGUGACUGCGGCUCUCAUAUUGGUCGUCUGCGUGUCACUAACAAAGUCUGCUCCGACGACUUACGAUGAAAUCGAAGCAAAACGGACAGACCUGGCGGACUAUUUUAAUGACCCAAAUGGCUGUUACUAUAACUAUCAACACUACGAAGAAGGUGACCGCAUAGUAACCAACGAACCAUGUUUAAACUGUACUUGCCACAAUCGAAUGCUGAUGUGCUACCUGAGAGUGUGUCCGUUUUCAAAAGCAAUUGGACAAGACUGCACGGUACAGAAAUCACCGGAUCAAUGUUGUCCUACCAUAUCUUGCCCGGAAGUUGGUUCGGAUGUUACAGUGCCAGUACACCUGUUGACCAGUUCAACUACGCCGACACCGACGACAACAACUGAAAUUGGAUGGCACGACAACUACGGGUGCAUGAUGGACGAAAACGAAUUCUUUCCUGAUGGGGCACAGGUUCCUCCCAAUCCAAAAAAACCUUGUGAACUUUGUUACUGUAUCAGAAACCGAACAGCUUGCAUCAUGCAAGAGUGUACGUUGCAUGUGGAAGGCUGUCGACCGGUAUACCAUGAAGGCGUUUGCUGUCCUGUUCGAUACGAUUGUGAUUAUGAAAGUGAAAAAUCUACUACGUCGACACCACAAAUCACUGGUGGACUAGUCUUUUCCACUACUUCCGCGCCGUUCGAUUGCCGAGUUAACGAGGAAACUUACCGAGACGGAGAGUCUAUUGCUAUGGUCUCAGAAAAACCUUGCGAACAUUGCUAUUGUAUGAGAGGUGAUAUUGUGUGUGCAGUUCAAGACUGCGGUGAACCACUCAGAGGAAAAGACUGCACACCAGAAACACCACCAGCUGGUCAAUGUUGCCCAACUUCGUAUCAAUGUGCAAAUGAAACGAACAGUUCAUAUGACACAUCGACACUACAACCAAUGUCGCUAAGUGAUUCAGACGAAAACGAAGCAGAAAAAUUCCCAUUAAAUGAAGAUGUAUACAAUAAACUGGGAGAGAACCAACCUUCAAGUGAACAAGACGACGGGAAUGAUGUGGAGUCUGAUGAUACUACAGCAGCUUCUCCAGCCAAUCAUAAUGCAGCAGGGGAAACAAAUAUAUUACCAAAUAGUGAUGGUGCAAAUAAAUUAAACGAAGCAAACAAGCAAGAAACUGCGAGUGCUGCACCAAAUUUAAUAAAUCAGGAAAACUCUGUUGGUACAGAAUCUGGACAAGCUAAUUUUGAUAGUACCGACAAACCCGAUGAGCCAACAUCAAUCGACGAAACACGACCGAUAAAGUUACCAUCAUCUGAUCCUUCAUCAAAUGAAAACGAUAUUCCUUCUACUACUCAAACGGUUUCCAAUAAAAAUGAUGACGUUAAGGUUGACCAAGAAAAUAAUAGUAACGAAAUCCCAGAUAAUGACUCAAUUCAAGACGGUAUUACGUCCAAUUUACCAGUUGCAUCGACGGAAAAUUCUGUAGAAAGCGGAACACAGAGUUAUAAUGUCCAAGAUAAACCUCAAGAAGAUAUAACUACUGAAAAUAUUGCUGCAUUCGAAAAAGAGCCAAUUACAUCAAAUGAUAAUGAACAAACACCAGAAAAACAAUCGGACACUAAACCACAAACUGAAACAGCAUCCAAUGAAAAUGAAAAUCCUCCUAAAAUAGAAAAUCAAGACAGUGCUCAUUCAGAAAUUGUAUCCCCAACGGAAAUCCCUAAAGUAGUAAACGAACCCACUGAACAAAAUAAACCAAUAACGGACAGUACAUUGGGAGCUGAAAAUCAACCAGAAUCUGAUAAGACACCACUAGAACAAAUAAAUCAAGACAGUCCUCAGCUAGAGAACGUAUCUCCAACCGAUGUCCCUAAAGUAGAAAAUGAUCCUACUGAACAAAAUAACCCAGUUGUGGACAGUACUUCGGGAGCUGAAAACCAACCAGAAUCAGAUAACACAGUUGUAGAACAAAAUAACCCGGAUAGCCCUCAGUCAGAGAAUGCAUCUCCAACUGAAAUUCCAAAGGUAGUAAACGAACCUACUGAACAAAACAAACCAGCCGUAGACAGUAGUACAAGUGCUGAAAACCAACCGCAAUCUGAAAAGACACCAGCAGAACAAAUAAAUCAAGAUAGUCCUCAGUUAGAAAAUGUAUCUCCAACUGAUGUCCCUAAAGUUGAAAACGAACCGACUGAACAAAAUAAACCAAUAGAGGACAGUACUUCAGGAAAUGAAUACCAACCAGAAUCUGAUAAGACACCAGCAGAAAAAAUAAAUCAAGACAGUCCCCAGUCAGAGAAUGUAUCUCCAACUGAAAUUCCCAAGGUAGUAAACGAACCCACUGAACACAAUAAACCAGUAGUGGACGGUACUUCAGGAGGACAAAAUCAACCGGAAACGGAUAAGACAUCAGAAGAACAAAUAAAUCAAGACAGUCCUCAGUUGGAGAACAUAUCUCCAACCGAUGUCCCAAAAGUUGAAAACAAACCGACUGAACAAAAUAAACCAGCUGUGGACAGUACUUCGGGAGCUUCAAACCAACCAGAAUCUGAUAACACAGCAGUAGAACAAAAUAACCAGGAUGGCCCCCAGUCAGAGAAUUUAUCAUCAACUGAAAUUCCAAAGGUAGUGAACGAAGCCAACGAACAAAAUAAACCAGUUGUGGACAGUUCUUCGGGAGCUGAAAACCAACCAGAAUCUGAUAACACAACUGUAGAGCAAAAUAACCCGGAUAGCCCUCAGUCAGAGAAUUCAUCUCCAACUGAAAUUCCAAAAGUAAUAAACGAACCUACUGAACAAAACAAACCAUCCGUGGACAGUAGUACAAGUUCUGAAAACCAACAAGAAUCUAAUAAGACACCAGCAGAACAAAUAAAUCAAGACGGUCCUCAGUCAGAGAACGUAUCUCCAACUGAUGUCCCUAAAGUUGAAAACGAACCUACUGAACAAAACAAACCAUCCGUGGACAGUAGUACAAGUGCUGAAAACCAACAAGAAUCUGAUAAGAUAUCAGCAGAACAAAUAAAUCAAGACAGUCCUCAGUCAGAGAACGUAUCUCCAACUGAUGUCCCUAAAGUUGAAAACGUACCAACUGAACAAAAUACACCAGUUGUGGACAAUACUUCAGGAGCUUCAAACCAACCAGAAUCAGAUAACACAGUUGUAGAACAAAAUAACCCGGAUAGCCCUCAGUCAGAGAAUUUAUCACCAACUGAAAUUCCAAAGGUAGUGAACGAACCUACCGAACAAAACAAACCAGUAGUGGAUAGUAGUAUGGGCACUGAAAACCAACCAGAAUCUGAUAACACAGCUGUAGAACAAAAUAACCCGGAUAGCCCUCAGUCAGAGAAUUUAUCACCAACUGAAAUUCCAAAGGUAGUAAACGAACCUACUGAACAAAUAAAACCAGCAGUGGACAGUACUUCGGGAGCUGAAAACCAAUCAGAAUCUGAUAACACAGCUGUAGAACAAAAUAACCCGGAUAGCCCUCAGUCAGAGAAUUCGUCUCCAACUGAAAUUCCAAAGGUAGUAAACGAACCUACUGAACAAAACAAACCAGCCGUGGACAGUAGUACAAGUGCUGAAAACCAACCAGAAACUGAUAAGACACCAGCAGAACAAAUAAAUCAAGACAGUCCUCAGUCAGAGAACGUAUCUCCAACUGAUAUCCCUAAAGUUGAAAACGUACCGACUGAACAAAAUACACCAGUUGUGGACAAUACUUCGGGAGCUUCAAACCAACCAGAAUCUGAUAACACAGCUGUAGAACAAAAUAACCCGGAUAGCUCUCAGUCAGAGAAUUCAUCUCCAACUGAAAUUCCAAAGGAAGUAAACGAACCUACUGAACAAAACAAACCAGCUGUGGACAGUAGUACAAGUGCUGAAAACCAACAAGAAUCUGAUAAGACACCAGCAGAACAAAUAAAUCAAGACAGUCCUCAGUCAGAGAGCGUAUCUCCAACUGAAAUUCCAAAGGUAGUAAACGAACCUACUGAACAGAACAAACCAGUCGUGGACAGUAGUACAAGUGCUGAAAACCAACAAGAAUCUGAUAAGACAUCAGCAGAACAAAUAAAUCAAGACAGUCCUCAGUCAGAGAACGUAUCUCCAACUGAUGUCCCUAAAGUUGAAAACGUACCAACUGAACAAAAUACACCAGUUGUGGACAAUACUUCGGGAGCUUCAAACCAACCAGAAUCUGAUAACACAGCUGUAGAACAAAAUAACCCGGAUAGCCCUCAGUCAGAGAAUUUAUCACCAACUGAAAUUCCAAAGGUAGUGAACGAACCUACCGAACAAAACAAACCAGUAGUGGAUAGUAGUAUGGGCACUGAAAACCAACCAGAAUCUGAUAAAAUACCAGUAGAACAAAUAAAUCAAGAUAGUCUUGAGACAGAGAAUGUAUCUCCAACUGAAAUUCCCAAGGUAGUAAACGAACCUACUGAACAAAACAAACCAGUAAUGGACAGUACUUCAGGGCAACAAAAUCCAUCGGAAUCUGAUAAGACAACAGUAGAACAAAUAAAUCUAGAUAGUCCUCAGUCAGAGAACGUAUCUCCAACAGAUGUCCCUAAAGUAGAAAAUGAACCCAUCGAGCAAAAUAAACCAGCAGUGGACAGUACAUCAGGAGGACAAAAUCAACCAGAAUCAGAUAAAACCCCUGUAGAACAAAAUAAUCAAGGUAGUCCACAAUCCGAAAAUACAUAUUCAACUGAAAUUCCAUCCAAACCUUAUAAUAAACAACCUGAAAAUAUAGUACCAGAAAAUAGUCAUAUUCAACCAGAUUCACCAGUGGCUUCAGAAAAUGAUGCUGCAACCGAACAGCCAAACGAAGAUAAUAAUAUAUUUAUCGUGUCACCAACAUCACCACCACUGUUCUCAGAUAAUCAAGUUAAAGGUGAAGAGCCUACUUCAAUAUCCAAUGAAAACAAUACCAGUGAUAAAUAUUCGUCGACAGAAAAGAAUGAAGACAAGACUGUUGAAGUCCUAAAUCCAUCAGCUGAUGACAAACUAUCGUUUACUGAUACCACCGACAAAGCCAACAUAUUACCAGCAAGUCACACUGAAACAGUAACAGAAGGCCAAAACUUGGUACCACAAGUAAAUGAUGAAAAUAAUGAAAAUGCAAUAAACAUUAAGCCAGUGGAUAACAAAGUUAACAGUGAUAUAGUAACAGAAAGUCCGGUUAAUUCUAAUGAAAAUGUACCUGUCGUUGCUGAACAUAACGAUAACAAAUUAGGAUCGAACAACCCGGUGAGUUUGGAACCAGCUGUUACGCCAAUUACUGGAAUAAACUAUGAUGUAAACACGGAAGUAAUAAAUCACGAUGUAUCGGCAAAUGAUCCUUCGUCCCAUGAAAAUCAACCAGUUGACGAACAAUCAGGAGAAGAGGACGAAAGCCCUCCUAAUGCAGAUUCGGUAGACCACCAAAUCACACUUCAAACUGAAACUCCAACUGAAUUGGAUGCGUCGACAAAUAAAUAUCUAUCGUCUGCUGAUGAACACGCAAAUGACGUUACCACUUAUUCACCACAACUGCAAAUAGCUGAUAAUAAUAUUCCUGUACAACCUCAAGCUAUUAAUCCUAGUGAACCAAUAACGACACAAGACGAAACAAAAACACCAAACGACUUGUCGUCAAACGGUUCACCCGAUCAAUCUUCCAAUAGUUAUGUACCAACUGAAAUAAAUGGAGUACAAAAUUCUGAAGCACCAACUGAAUCACCUGUAUUGUAUGAUAGUAAUGGUGAACAAUCUAUUUCCACGCAAGCCCCAGCACAAAACAAUGAAUAUGAAAACGUCACUCCUCACGAACAAUCACAAGACGAGAAUGUUAACGAGAUUGUAGAUCAAACAGCAGUGUACCCAGAUUCUCCCUCAGAUGAUAAAAAUAAUUUGGUUACGAGCACUGCACCAAAUCUUAAUAAUGUUGACAAUGUUACUCCUUCUUCGGAUAAAAUAGAAAUUGGUUUAAAUUCACAAAUAUCCGAUGAAAAACCAAUUAAAGAUACAAUUGGAGACGUUUCAGUCGGAAGCGCAACUAUUCAAACGAUAUCAGGAAGUGAAGAUAAUGCAGACAAUUUAAUGACGACAAAUAGCUAUGCUGAUGUAGUGCCAUCUACAGAUACACCUACAAGUCAUAUUGUUGAAAACGGUUCACCAGUAAAUCCAUCGAAUGUUGUUGAAACGAAUGUAAACAAUGAUCGACCUGAAAAUGUUGUACCACAGCUAAGCUCUAAUGAAGCAUCAACUCAGUACAGCGCGGGUGAUGAGUCAACGAAUAGCCCUAUUCAAGAAUCUCCGAAUAUGAAUAUUAUCAAUGAUGUGGAGGCGAGUACCAAUGUACCAUAUAAGCUAGAAGGUCCUAAUGAAAUAAAUCAAGAUUCAAAUACUGAGUCUGAAUUAUAUGCAACUCAGUCACCUACAGAAAAUAAUAUACUAAACGCCAAUCCGAUUGUUGAUGGAAAACCGUCCGAAAGUCCACAGAAUGCUGAUAAGCCAUUCGUAUCGAAAACGCCCGAUUACGUUAUAGAUAUAACAACAUCAGGUUAUAGUGAAUCAUCGAAUGUCCCGGAAUCCAUCAUAACGAACGAACCAGUUGAUUCUGUAAAUGAAGUAACCACAUCUAAUGUUGAUAAAAAUAGUGAUGUAGUAACAGAACAAUACGAAAACGUACAACCAGGAGUACCAGGAGAGGGGAGCUGUUUGAUAGAUUUUGUGACUUAUGCACACAAAGCUGAAGUUCCAAAAUCUAACCCGUGUCAUGAAAAAUGCGAGUGCUUAAAUAGUAUAGUCACGUGUACUUCUGUAAACUGCCCACCUGCACCACCACAACAUAGAAAUUGUAUACCUUUACACCCAGGAAACGAAUCGUGGUGUUGCCCAACAUAUAUGUGUGAAGGAGGCAUAGAAGGAAUGUUGUUUGACAGUCAUAAUCAACUUGGCUCUCCUCAAUUAAUAUCCACUGUGGUAUUAGAAGAUAAGCCUGGUGAAGUAAAUGAUGAAAAGACGCAUAGUGAUGAAGAUAUUUCAAGCACGUCUAAUCCUCAAACUUCACAAGAAUACAACACUUUAGCACCAUCACAAUUGGAUUUGAACUCUAAUAUAAAUUCUGAAGAUAGUGUCGGUGUGACCGAAGUUUCAGCAAAUACUGAAGUCCCAUAUAAACCUAUUGAAGAUGUUGUAUCUACAGAUGGUGAAAGCGAUGCACCAGUAACUGCUGUUAACCUUGAAACAAUAGAUAACACAAAACCUGUAAGUAGUGAUCCGUCAUUGGAAAAUGAAAAACCAGCCGAUAGUGAUAAACCGGAAGAAAACAAUAAACCAACUGUAAGUGAUCAACUAACAGAAAAUAAUAAACCAACUGAAAUUAAUCAAGCAAUUGAAAACCAAAAACCAAUCGAAAAUUCUGAAGCUGAUUCUACAACGACUUUUUACGUAACCGAUGACCAAUCAAUAACGAACAAACCAGAAACAAUAAAUAAUAUCGAAGAACAGAAUUUAUUAGUCAACACGGUCAACGAAUCCCAAGACCAAGUACCAUCAACCCAAGUGCCAGAGAACUAUGAACCUUCAGUAACAAAUGUAAUUCCUGCUAGUGAUCAAAAUCAGCCAGAACAAAACUCUGAAUCCGAUGUAUCGAUUUCUGUCACUACAUACAAGCCCAGUGGUUCUGUUUUAGAUCAGCAACAAGUGGAUACUGAUAACAAAGCUAGCGAAGGGGUCAAUAAUCCACCAAUCAAUGAAGAUUCCAACCAAAAACCCGCCAAUGAAGUUAUGGAUUUGCCCGUGAAUGAAGUUAAUCCAGUAGAAGUAGGAACUCAAAUGCCCACGGUUGUAGCAGACGAAAAACCUAUGGUUUCCGAUAAUAACGUUGGUGGUUUGAGACCAACAAGUAUCGACGACAUAAUUUCGUCGGUUUACUUAGUCAAGGACGCGGUUAAAAACUCGUUAGAAACUUCAUCAAAACCUACUGAAACCUUAGACCAACAGCCUGGAUUAUUCGAAGACGACAAUCAACCAACAAUCGUGCCGGAUAAUACUCCACAGUAUCAAUACGAUAACGAAUCUCCGACCACUACAAGCAGUGUAAAUGGUGCGCCAGAAUCACAACAAACAGAUGCAGUAAACGAAAUUUCACCAGAAAUUCCAACAGCUACGACGGAAUCAAACAUUUCGCCAUCGUCCGAAAACGUUGCGGAUGGAGUGGCGGGAGCUACCCAAAUUCCAAACAUUUUGCCACAGUCCGAAGUAAAUUCCGCCGACCAAGAGGUAUCGACCGAUUUACCAUCCAACCGUCCUGGAGUUGAAACGGUAGUCGACGAUAAUAAAACUCCGUUAGAAUCUCCGACUACGCAACGAUUGCCGAGUUCCGGUGAGCAAGACUUGACGAACGACAACGGACCGGAAACUCCUAGCGAUCCAAUUCUGCCACAUGGUCAAAACGCCGCCGAACCAAAUACCAAUUCACCAACACCGGAAUUACCUGUGGUGGUCGACGACAACAAGACGCCCGAGAACAGUUCACCGUCGUCCGAACAACAUGAGGUGCAUGUGGACGAUACAGCGGUAGUAGACAAGCCAGUCGCGGAAGGGAAACCAGAUGACGUGAAUAGUCAGAAUACGCCUGAUUCAGAUGUGCCAGCGGAAGUCCCGUCACAAGUAGCGGUGACCGGUCGGCCAGAAGCCAGUACUCCAGACAACAAUGAUAAUAGGUUCAGCGAUCCGAGUAGCUCAUCUUUCCGUCCUCCUGUCCAAGGAGGAAACGUCAACAACCACUACAAUGGACAUCCUCGACCGGAAACCAGUGGUGCUGUGCACAUACCUCUUGACACGGAAACACCUGCAUUCAACCCUUCCACAAACGCUCCUCUUGCGACUUACCCUAAGAAGCCUUCGUACACGCCAAUCCCUCAAUCGACAUGGACUCAAAAACCAUUCCACCAAGAGUCUACAUCCGAAGCGACUUUACAACCAGAUCAAGGUUUCCCGGACGAGUACGAAGAUGAAAACGAAGCAUCUUACGGGUCAGGCACAUGCAGAUAUGGUGGCAAGAUAUACGUGUCUGCCCAGCAAGUGCCCAGGGACGAUCCAUGUGAUUUCUGUUUCUGUUUCCGAGGUGAUAUAAUUUGCCUGCAACAGAGCUGCCCGCCGCCCAUAUUCGGGUGUUACCAAGAGAACAUACAAGGUUUCUGCUGUCCACGUUACGAGUGUCCGGUGGCCCAAGCCACGUCCGUCAACGUGACCACGUCUACCACUUCAACCACGACCGUAGUGCCACCACAUUUCUUCGCCAACGCCUACCGAGGGGCGGCCAGGCGUACCGGAUGUCUUAUCCACGGACACGCUUACCGAGUGGGCGAAGACGUGGGAAUCGCUUCUGGUCCUUGUCUCGAGUGCAUAUGCGGUGCCGAUGGCAAGAUGAAAUGCGAUCCUAAGCCUUGCAGUCCAGAGCCUUUGCUCAGAAAAAUGAUGGCCGAAGCGAUCGACCAAAAGAGGAGGUGAAUAAGAAGAAAAUAAACGUUCAACGACAUAGUGCCAAAUACCACAGUUAACGAGCAACGAGAACCAAAAGUAGACGACCGUCAAUUUUUUUUAUUUUACCUUUUUUACUUUUUUUCUCAUUAUUAACCACAUCGAGCGAAAUGUCCACUUUCGCGGCAUUACGUUGCUCAAUACAUAAAUACCAUCAUUAUUACGACGAAAAAAACAAAAGACAAACAUGGUAUGCCAUCGUGAAAACAUUGGAGACUGGUUCUAAUGAGUAUUUUAUAUUUAUUACUUUUAGUUUAUUAAAAAAAAAAAUAGGUUAGUUAUUUAUUGUAGUAAGACACUUUUAGAAACAACGUUAAUUGUUUACAUCAAUUUUUUUUCCAAGCGAUUUUAUACAACUGAAUUAAAUUUAAUUUAACGAUACGAUUAGAAAUUUAGAAAACAUAACUACGUAUAUAUAUAUAUAGGUAAUAUAAAUAAUAAUAUAAUUGCAUGCGUAACAGUAAGCGAUACACGCCACAUUGCUACAAAAAAUUACAUUUUUAUACAACUUUUAUACUCUUUUUUUGUAUUUAAAAAUCUAACCGUCCAGACACAAUAAAUACCGAAUUUUUUUCUAAAAUUUAUUUUAUAUCGUAUAUAAUACCCAUCGCAUCGCUGCCAUUCACUCGUAUUUUUUUAAGAACUAUGUACGAAAUUAUCCACCCAAUUAUAUUAUAUUUCGUUUUAACCAAGCCCAAUCCAGUGCUCAUGCUUUCCAAGAUGAAAUGCAACGAAA